UAGUGUGAAUGGAAUUGUAUUGUAUUGUAUGGGGUGGAUCCAUGUAGUUAAUUAUGUAGGCUAGUGCUAGUCGUCUGCUGUAUCACCCCUGAGUCGCAAGAUACGGUUUAUGCGAUUGGGCACGACUGGGAGAGCACCCUCACGCUGGAUGUCCCACGGACAGGCAGCCCCAACGACCCACACACGACGGCACUAACGAAAGAGAACUGUGCGCAAUUCAGCCGACCGUCCACCCUUUGGGCUCCCAGUAUCCGCAUCAGGAUCGGCCCUUUCGGGGGUAUGUGGCGACCGCCAGAGCCUCGAGUUCGUUCGUUACUCAAGUGCGUCACGGGACAUCCCGAGCCUGACUUGAUUAGAUGUGAUUUCCAUCGUAACAGCAUCCGUAUUACGGACCGUGCCUAUCCGUGCACGCCAAAUGAAAGAGCCUGAUGAUCCAUGGAAACUUCAGCUAUCACAUUUACAUACAUACGGCUUGGCCGCACACGCUUCACACCCCCCUCUCCCCCCGCGACUGUCUUGACGACUCCGAGCGCGGGAUCUGGCAGGCCAACUACGUUCAUGAUCAAUGAGCAACGUAGUCCAGUUCUCGGUCGACGAUUCUAGCCCCACCAUCUCUUACUUUCCCUUCGGCGACACCUUGACUGGUUCCCCGGAUCUCACUGCUGGCUGGAAUCCUUCCAGAGGAGGUGAUUUGGGGCUUUCAGAUCUCGCUUCCGGUGCGGGUUCGGGGAAGAGUCUGCAUGUGACGAGUCUCGACGGAGCGGCGUUCCAGGUUUCGUGGAAAGGCACUGGCAUCACACUUUAUGGAAACGCCACACAUUCGACGUACACUAUCGCGGUCGACGGGAGCACUCUGGAUGCAUCCUCCUCCGCCGACCUCGCCAACGGCGUCCUCGCAAGCAUCGGCCACCUUCCGGACCUCGAGCACACACUCAGGCUGGUGGUGCACGCGCAGGACACGACCGCGAUCGUCGAAUUUGAUCGCGCAGAGAUCUCGGCACCCGUGUCCCCCGCGAACAUCUCGACCUCGAGCCUGUCUGACCAGUUUCUGGACGACACGACCGAUUUCGCGUUCCACGGGCAAUGGUCCUUUGCGAAUGGCUCCCACCAAUCUACCACCGCGGGAGACAGUGUUUCGAUUGGCUUCAAGGGAACGACUUUGGUGCUCACCGGCUCGACAUCGCCUCUUGCGGGACGAUACUCUGUGACGUUGGAUGGCAAUUUAACCACCUCCUACUCUGCUCAGUCCUCGUUGACUGACGGAAACUCUAUUCUAUAUUACGCGUCGGGACUGGAUGCCACUGUUGCGCAUAAUGUGCAAGUUGUGAACACGCAAGGUUCGGCACUGGUGCUGCAGGCUCAUGGAGCGCAGGUGUUCGGGAUCUCUGGCAGUGGGACUGAGACCAACAGCUCCUCGCCAGUUAUGGUCCUGUCAACCAAGGCAGAAUCCGAUUUAUCCAGUGGGACUAUCGCUGCUCUCGUGCUAGCCGGAAUCCUGCUCUUUUUUAUCAUCACCCUUACAGCGCUCUAUUUUAUGAUAUAUCGCCCUAUGCGUCGGCGACAGACACAAGCCAAGGCUGUUCCUGACCAGGAAACCGCCAGCGUUCUCGUCCUCGAUAUCACACGACCCGGUUUUCUCAAGAAGUCUUUCUCGUACGAAGAUGAAUCGAUCAUCGAGGCGGGGCCGUCUAGGCGGAGUGGAUUUCUAAGGUGGAAGGAGGACGUCGAGGGCGGGUUGGGCAGCUUGGGGCGGGGUGCCCUGGGGAUUGUGUUCCGGCACUCCGAUUCGUCGGGAUCGAGACGCCCGUCGGCAGCUGGAACGCUCUCGUCUCGCGGCCGAGAAUCUUCGUCCGAAGGCCCCAAAAGCACGGCAUCUUCGGGCCAUGCCAGCAAGGGGAAGGGACGUGAGACCGGCAAAUGGAGUUGGGGCAGGGAGAAACCGCUUCCAGCGCGAUCGCUCGUACAGCUCCCGCCAGACCCUGCACGGGAAUCCCAUCUAGCUCCGUCGGGGAUAUCCUCGCUCUCGUACUUGACGGGUCCUAUCUCGCCCAUUCCAGCAGUCGUUCCGCCAGACUACCGCGCGUCAUUGCCCCUCGCAGUGCCGCAACCGCCGUCACCACCGGCCGCAUCCCCCGGACUCGACGACCGAGGGAGCGUCCGACAGGUCGACGCGGAUGACCACCAGAGUGUUCUGGGCGACGGCACUGCGCGAAUUGCCCUGCGGAGCCUGAGUCCACGGACCAGCGAGACCCUGGACGCUGUCGCUCCCGCCGCCAAACCACGCAAGAAGAGGCGCAGGAAGGACAGCGACGGCCUCGCAGCGGACACUCCCACGGUCGCCCUGCGGACGACCAGUCCCUUCCACGUCGACUUUGACGGGGGCGACGAACGUCGGAAAUCGAACCAGUCGCGUGUGCGCUUUUUUUCGAAACAGAAGGGGGACUCGUCCAGCGAGAGCCAGGGCCGCACGCGAAACAAGGGCCGCCGCCGCCGCCUGCACGCGCUCGAGGCGUCGUUCCUCGACUUCGCCAGCUCGUCGGACGGGUCGACGAUGACGCGCUCGAUCGACCAUUCGUCCUCGUCGUUUUCCGCCGGCCCGGCGUCGCACUGGAGCAUCGGCGGUGCAUCGAGCAGCAUGCUCCCGACCGCCCCGCCGCAGACGCAGACGCAGACGCAGGGGCUGACUUCGCGAUGGAGCGCGACGACGGCCGCGCCGAGCACCGAGGCGGCCGGCGCAACCGCCGAUUCAUCCGCCGACUCGUUUCCGUUCCCCGUGUCGAUGCCGGGGUCGCCCGAGGGGCAGCGUCUGAGCAGCCUCAACGCGCACCCGUAUGGCUUGGGCAGCGACGAUGUGACGUCGCUGGCGGACAGCCUUCCCGUGUCCAUUUCUGAGAUCUGCUUCAGGCCCGGGCAUGCCAGCAGCAGUGUUGGACACCCGCCGUUGCCUGAGGCACCGCAGCCCCCGGGCUCGUCGUUCAUUGUGCAGCGGGUCCUGGGGGCGUCGUUCCUGCCCAGCGCAAGCUCGGCGCCUAAUCGGAUAUAGCCGCCACCCUCCUUGUUUCUAUGAUCAUCCUGGGACUUGAGUAUUGUACUGCUAGGACUUUAUUGUGUACGACUAGUGUACGGAAAGGACACAUCAG